AUGAAAUAUGGUGUGAAGCAACACAAGGUGGCCACUCCAUAUCACCCAAAAACUAGUGGGCAAGUAGAGGUCUCAAAUAGGGAUAUCAAAGCUAUCUUGGCUAAGAAAGUGAAUGCUAGCAGAAGUGACUGGUCACGGAAGCUCGAUAAUGCUUUGUGGGCAUAUCGAACAGCUUUUAAGACACCCAUUGGGAUGUCGCUGUAUCAGUUGAUUUAUGGAAAAGCAUGCAACCUUUACAUUAAGCUGGAACACAAAGCUUUGUGGGCACUCAGGUGGUUGAAAAUAGACUGGAAGAAGGUAAUAGAAUUGAGAUUGGGACAGCUGAAUGAGAUGGAUGAAUUCUGUCUCGAUACAUAUGAAAGAGAUAACUUGUAUAAAGAGAGAAUAAAGAAAUACCAUGAUCGACGUAUUGAGAAGCAAGACUUUCAGGUUGGUAUUGGGUAUUGCUCUUCAACUCAAGGAUCAAGCUCUUUCCAGGUAAGCUUAACUCAAAAUGGUCAGGGCCCUUUAAAGUCACGCAAGUCUACUCAUCUGGAGUAG